CGGCAGGCCCCGCCCCGCCCCGCCCCGCCCCCCCGCGUAGAAAAAGCAGGCGGGGAGCACCGUCCCGCGGUAGCCGCGAGAUGGAGGUUCCCGAGCGGGGUCGCCGAGCCGAGGCUCCCUGGAAGAAGCUGUCUAAGGAGGAGCUGGAGAAUCAGUACAGCCCCAGCAGAUGGGUCAUCCGACUGGGAGCCGAGGAGGCCCUGAGGACCUACUCACAGAUAGGGGAUGAGGCUACUAAGAGGGCCCGAGCCACCAGGAGGAACCGGCUGCAUGUCCCCUACGGAGACGGCGAGGGGGAGAACCUGGACAUCUACUUUCCCGAGCAAGUGUCUGAAGCCUCGCCUUUCUGUGUGUUCUUCCAUGGCGGGUACUGGCAGAGCGGAAGUAAAGAUACAUCAGCCUUCAUGGUCAACCCACUGACAGCACAGGGAGUGGCCGUGGUGAUAGUGGCUUAUGACAUAGCCCCCAAAGGUACCCUGGACCAGAUGGUAGACCAAGUGACCCGGAGCAUCGUGUAUAUCCAGAAGCAGUAUCCACGCAAUGAGGGGAUUUACCUGUGCGGACACUCAGCUGGGGCCCACCUGGCCGCCAUGAUGCUCCUGGCCGACUGGACCAAGCAUGCAGUCGCACCCAACCUCCGAGGCUUUUUCCUGAUAAGUGGGAUCUAUGACCUAGAGCCCAUCGUGUUCACCUCUCAGAACGGCCCUCUCCUCAUGACCCUGGAGGAUGCUCGGAGGAAUGGUCCACAGCAGCUCCUGGAGGCGGCCCUGACGCAGCCCGUGGAUCCCGCCUGCCACGUGCUGGUGAUCGUGGGCCAACACGACUCCCCCGAAUUCUCCCGACAGUCCAGGGAAUUUUAUCAGGGACCCCAAGACCAUCAGCCAUUUAUUCAACAAAUACCGAGCGAGCACCUGCUCCAGGUCAGGCAGGGCCCUGCUGCCUCACGCUCCUGCUUGGCCCUUUUCUCUACCCAGACACUGUGCAGAGGAGGAUGGAACGCCUCGUUUGAAGAACUCCACGAUGUGGAUCACUUUGAAAUCAUCUGGAAGCUAACCCAGGACGACUACGUGCUCACCCAGAUGAUUUUGAGAACAAUCUUCCAGGAGCCCUGACAGCAUUGGACCCCCACCAGUGGGCACCCCGAUGGUGAAGCUCCCCCCCCCAGACCCCGCGGGCUUCCCCUUCCUGCCAACCUGGCCUCUCCCCACGCCCAGGAGCGCCUCCAUUUUCUCUGAACACCACUAAAAAUCUCCACGGCCUUUUGCUGGUCUGGAUACAUCAGAUCGAUUCAGAUGUGAAAGCUGAAUGUAGCAUGUAAUUUGAAACACUAAGAUAUUCAAAAAGCUUCCACGACGCAGGCACACGAGAAUGAAUGACAUUAUAGGAGUGACUUGAAUUUAUUCCAGAUCGUCAAAGGAAAUGAGUCACAAAGUGUGGGACUUCGUUUAACGUUUGCAACAAAUUCCUUGUGGGACACCCCACAGCUGCUGGCAGGAAACCCAGGCUGUCUCCACACCUAGGUCAAGAAUUGCGCCCCCUAGGUUAUGCCCUGUCAAAGCAAAAUGCCUUAAACUAAGCAAAAGACAGAACAAAAAUGUGUCCGCCACCUCUAUGAUCCUAUUUUCACUUAAGAAGGAUGCAUAGGGGCGCCUGGGUGGCGCAGUCGGUUAAGCGUCCGACUUCAGCCAGGUCACGAUCUCGCGGUCGGUGAGUUCGAGCCCCGCGUCAGGCUCUGGGCUGAUGGUUCGGAGCCUGGAGCCUGUUUCCGAUUCUGUGUCUCCCUCUCUCUCUGCCCCUCCCCCGUUCAUGCUCUGUCUCUCUCUGUCCCAAAAAUAAAUAAACGUUGAAAAAUAAAAUAAAAUAAAAUAAAAAGAAGGAUGCAUAGACCUCUACGUGGGCACGUGACAUACGAUACACAGAUAUCUAUAGAUCUAGAAAAAAAGACCAGCGGGAUAUACACAGGGUAACAGCAGUAAACAAAGCGAGAUCGUGGGAAAUUUUAAUUUCUUCCUCUCAUCUAAUAUAAAUGAUUGUAUUACUAUAAACAAUUGAAUAUAAAAGUUAUACUAAAUAGA